GAGAGGCAGCAGCAGCAGGGGAGGCAGCAACAGCAGCAGCAGCAACAAAUGGCCUUGCUGGUGCCAAGGCCGACGAGAAGCAGAGCAGCAGCAGCCACGCUGCAGCAACAGCAGCAGCAGAGUCUGCGACGGCAGCAGCAGGAGCAGCAGCAACCGAAGCAAAAAGCACACGGGCGGAGACGCCUGCUGCUGCUGCUGCUGGCAAGCCAGUGGACGCAGCAGCAGCAGCAACAGCAACAGCAGCAGCAAAAGCUGAGGUUGCUGCUUGGGUCUCAACAGCGCUGCUGCACAUAG